GCGGAGCCAGCGCCGCCCGGGCUGGGACGCGGAGGAAGGGGACGCUCUGGUCCGGCUCUCGGUGGUGCGGCGGCAGGCGGGAGCAGCGGCCGCUGUGGUCGGCGGACGUGCUGCCGAGCGCUCCCGGAAGCGAAGCAGCGAUGGCGGAGAGUCCGACUGAGGAGGCGGCGACGGCGACGGCGACGGCGGGCGCGGGGGCGGCAGGCCCCGGGGCGAGCGGCGUGGCCGGGGUGGUCGGCGUGAGCGGCGGCGGUGGCGGGUUCGGGCCGCCGUUCCUGCCGGACGUGUGGGCGGCGGCGGCGGCGGGCGGGGCCGGGGCCCCGGGGAGCGGCCUGGCCCCACUGCCCGGGCUCCCGCCCUCGGCCGCGGCCCACGGCGCCGCGCUGCUCAGCCACUGGGACCCCACGCUCAGCUCCGACUGGGACGGCGAGCGCACCGCGCCGCAGUGUCUUCUCCGGAUCAAGCGGGAUAUCAUGUCCAUCUACAAGGAGCCGCCUCCCGGGAUGUUCGUCGUCCCUGAUACCGUGGACAUGACUAAGAUCCACGCAUUGAUCACAGGCCCCUUUGACACUCCUUAUGAAGGAGGCUUCUUCCUGUUCGUGUUCCGGUGUCCGCCCGACUAUCCCAUCCACCCUCCUCGGGUCAAACUGAUGACAACGGGCAACAACACAGUGAGGUUUAACCCCAACUUCUACCGCAAUGGCAAAGUCUGCUUGAGUAUCCUAGGAACAUGGACUGGGCCCGCCUGGAGCCCGGCGCAAAGCAUCUCCUCCGUGCUCAUCUCCAUCCAGUCGCUGAUGACCGAGAACCCCUACCACAACGAGCCCGGCUUCGAGCAGGAGAGACAUCCAGGCGACAGCAAAAACUACAACGAAUGUAUCCGGCACGAGACCAUUCGCGUCGCGGUCUGUGACAUGAUGGAAGGGAAGUGUCCCUGCCCCGAGCCCCUGCGAGGGGUGAUGGAGAAGUCCUUCCUGGAGUACUACGACUUCUACGAGGUGGCCUGCAAAGAUCGCCUGCACCUUCAGGGCCAGACCAUGCAGGACCCUUUCGGGGAGAAGCGGGGCCACUUCGACUACCAGUCCCUCCUCAUCCGCCUGGGCCUCAUCCGCCAGAGAGUGCUGGAGCGGCUGCCCAGCGAGAACGCCGAGAUGGACUCUGACAGCAGCUCCUCGGGGACGGAGACGGACCUGCACGGGAGCCUGAGGGUGUAGGCCCUGCUCCCGGCCCGCAGGCCCUUCCCACCCCAGAUGGACGGGAGGUGUGGCCACAGGAUCCCGGGGUGUGGGCGGGCUGCUCCCCUUCUGACCUCCUUGGCACCGAAGCCUUGGGGCUGUGUCCCCUUCAGGGCCCAGCUCCUUUCUCGGAGCCCCCAGGGCUAGGGCCCAGCCAGACCCACCAGGACACCUCCACACCCGCAGCCAUGCUCCUAGGGCGGGAGGAGACUGCCGCCGGGAGAGGGGUGCACAGGUGGCUCGGGUGGGGGCUGUCUGACGGGAGCAGUCUGGGUGGCCUGCCUGCCUGCCUGUCUGCCUGCCUGUCUGUCUGUCUAUUUGUCUGUCUGCAGUCUCCCAGCAGGCUCUCAGCACCCUCCUCCAGGCCUCCCCUCCCCUCCUCUCCCCUCCUCUCCCCUCCCCUCCCCUCCUCUCCCCUCCUGUAGUUAUUCCCGGGCCAGCAGACUCCUUUCCCCUAAUUUAUAGUCACUGUUCUAGACAGACCAAAGACAGGAACAGUGGCAGGGCCCAGGCUGCUGAGGAUCCGCUGCACCGAGCACCGAGCACCUUCCCCCCUCCCCCUCCCUCAGGCUCCAGGCAGAAGGGACAGGGCAGCCCGCACACAGGCCCCGAGAAACCGGAAGUACUGUUUGUCCCCGUGAUCACUGAUUGGAGACUGGGGCCACUCCGGAGUGGCCCUGGCAGGGUGUCCCUAAUGGCCAGAGCGCCUCUCCCGGGUGGGGCGGCUGGCGGGAGUCCUUAGCACAUUUGUUUGGCUCUCCUAUGUCUUCUUUUCACCCCAGCCCGAAGCCCCCUCCUCAGUUCAACCCCAGGGAUUUGGGCAGCCGGUCCCCAGUGAAGGAGGGGCUGGGGCUCUGGCACCCUCCCUCCCUCCCCCUCCCCCAGCUGCUGUGUUGCUUCUCUGUUCAGCACAGUGCUGUCACUGGUUGGUCAGAAAGGCGAGGUUUGGGUGCCCAGGGUCUGGACACUGGGGACCUGCCUGCUGCUCUGUUCUUGCGUUUGCAGGUUGCGUUGUUAGGGCCCCUGGGGGUGGCGGCCCGGCCUGGGUGAGCACAGGCCGUGGGUGUGCCAGGAGGAGGGGGAGGACAUCGUGAACCUGCCCUCCUGCUGCUAGGAAGUCUCUGCCCUGUGGAUCCUGGCUCCCGGGGGGACGAGGAUUGGGGACACAGGAGAGCAUCCUGCUCCGAGGGCCACAGGUGCCACACGUGGGGUGGGGUUGGUUUCCGUGAGGACUUGGAGGGGACCCGCUUCCCACUCCCUUUGGUUCCCAGAGCUGGUCAGGCUGGAGUGCCCUGGUUUGUGGGUCCAGUGUCGCCUGCCAUUCAUCUAGGUGUCCCCACCCACACUGAAGUGACAAUCUUCUCCUUGGCCCGCCAUGGGGCAGAGCACGUCUGGCACAGCAGCCGGACUUUUACGCCCUAAUCUUGAGUUGAGGAAAUAUAUGCACAGGGGUCAGAGAUGUCUUUAUAUCCGACUGUACAUAAAUGAAGUUCUUUUUUUUUCUUUUUGGUGCAAUAAAGUUUGUUUUGGCAGAAG